UGCAGCAUGCUGCCACAUAUCAGGCAUUUCCCCCUCUGACAACUGCUCUGGAAGCAUCUGAUAACUUGCCUCGGCUGCUGCUCACACUCUGGCUCAACAGGAAAAGCUAAUUUGACAUUUAUAGGAACCCGUGGAGGAGCUUUCAGAGCCAACUGCUGCUGGUCACAUUAUGCGUCCAAUUAUUGUGGUGAUCGUGAGCCUCAGUGUUUUGGGUGCUGUAAAGUUGCUGUCCGUCCCCUGGCUCUGUAGCCUGUUAGUGGGGCUGGGAUUGUGUAUAAGCUGGAGAUGCUCCUGGAGGUUCAUUCAUGUAGUUCUACACACUGUCAAAAGAGAUUUGAUGUGCCUGGUCGUCAUACUGCGCGUGAGGUUUUCCAUGAAACGUAAUCUGCGGAAUAGAAGCACAAUCCCAACGUUGUUUUCUCAGAUUGUGACAAAGCACCCGGACAAACCAGCCCUGAUCUAUGAGGCUACAGGGGAGGUUUGGAGUUUCAGGGAACUGCAGGAGCGAUGCCAUGCUGUGGCACACUGGGCGCUGGCUCAAGGCUGGGCUGAGGGUGAUGUGGUGGCCUUGUUCAUGGAGAGCCAACCUUUGGUGGUGGCUCUGUGGUUGGGUCUCGCUAUGGUCGGUGUGGAGGCGGCACUCAUUAACUACAACCUUCGACAACACUCACUACUGCACUGUGUCAGUGUGUCCGGAGCUCAGGCGAUGGUGUUUGGGACAGAGAUGGCCGAAGCCGUAUCAGAGGUGAGCAGCUCUCUGCAGUCCAACAUGGUUUUGCUCAGCAGUGGUGAACAGCAGGAUGCAAUGAAGCUUCACAGCCUCCAGGAUGUCCAGAACCUGGACAUCCUGCUGGCCCGUUCACCCAAACAUCCAACAAACUACAUACUCAAGAAGGAAUUUAAUGACAGACUCUUCUACAUUUACACCUCUGGUACAACAGGAAUGCCAAAGGCAGCUGUGGUGGUGCACAGUCGCUACUUUCGCAUCACUGCCUUUGGUUUCCACUCCUUUGGACUACGACGCGAUGAUGUCAUUUACAGCUGCCUUCCCCUGUAUCAUUCUGCAGGCACGGUCAUGGGUGUAGGCCAGUGUUUGCUUUUUGGUUUGACGGUUGUAGUCAGGAGGAAGUUCUCAGCCAGUCGCUUCUGGGACGAUUGUGUUCAACACAACUGCACAGUGAUCCAGUACAUAGGUGAGGUCUGCCGUUACUUGUUGGCGCAACCGGUCCGCCCAUCUGAAGCCCAUCACCGGGUCCGCGUUGCCAUUGGUAACGGCCUCCGUCCAUCUGUGUGGGAAGAGUUUGUCCAGAGAUUCAGAAUUCAAACAGUCGGGGAAUUUUAUGGUGCUACUGAGUGCAACUGCAGCCUGAUCAACAUCGACGGGAAGGUGGGGGCUUGUGGCUUCAGCAGUCGCAUCCUGCCGGACUUUUACCCCAUCAGAUUGUUCAGGGUGCAGGAGAACGGAGAGCUGCUCAGAGAUUCACAAGGGCUCUGUAUACCAUGUCUGCCUGGUGAGCCAGGUAUGUUGGUGGGACGCAUCAACCACACUGAUCCACUCCGGAGAUUUGAUGGCUACGCUGAUUUGGAUUCCACCAAACAGAAAAUAGCUUCAGAUGUCUUCAAGAAGGGAGACUCUGCUUAUGUCUCAGGUGAUGUGCUGGUGAUGGACGAUUAUGGCUACAUGUACUUCAGAGACCGCAGCGGUGACACAUUUCGAUGGCGAGGGGAGAAUGUUUCCACCACGGAGGUGGAAGGAAUCCUCAGCGGUCUGUUGGGACACACUGAUGUAGCGGUCUAUGGAGUUUCUGUACCAGGUGUGGAGGGAAAGGCUGGCAUGGCAGCAAUAGGCCACGCGGGAGGCCAGUUUGACCUCGAUUCUUUCUUGAUUGCUGUACAGAAAGCUUUACCCUCCUACGCACGUCCAGUCUUCCUCCGACUCAUGCCAUCUGUUGACACCACAGGUACAUUUAAAAUUCAGAAGACUCGUCUACAGCAGGAAGGUUACGUGCCACAAGACGCGAGUGAGAAUAUGUAUUUUCUGAACAGUCGCGCUGGACGUUAUGAGACCGUCACUGAUGAACUGUAUCAUGCGAUCACAGACGGAAAGGUCUGUCUAUGAGACGGGUUGAGAGACGGAUGGGCACAGAUUACUGAAGAGGACAGUAUGUACACUGUCAUUGAAGGAGAAAUAUGCUGUUGUUUUAAUUCAAUCACAUAAACUAUGUGUUGUACCAAGUGUAACACAAUUAUUCAUGCCAUAUCCUGUAAAAUACAUGUAAUAAAACAUACUAAAGCCUG